AAUCUCCAUCUCAUCUGGUCUCCUUUCCAAAGGAUUACUAGUAUUUGUUACUGUCAAAAUUAUAUAUUCAGAGAUUAAGCGUUAGUCUAUAGGCCAACAUGUUUGUAAUUCUUGAUAUAAAUAAUGAAAUUAGUUAUCAAAUAUAAAAUGCGAUCAUCUAACACAGAAAUGACUCUAUUAUCAUAAAUAAUGAAAGACACAUAUACAACAUGACGGGACGGGUGCUUCGCCGACACACGACCGUGCACCGAGAGAGAAAACCAGUCAAACGUCACGUUCAUUUCCUUGUCUCGUCUGUCUAGAAUACAGGGAAGUAGCUGCGCUAACAAUCGACGAUAGUUGACUGAUUCAACAACUGUGCUCUUCAACAGAAGAAGUUGUUGUAAUGUUCACCAUUUACACCGCAACCGGACUCUGCCAGCAUCUUGGACUGCCAACGCUUUUCAGACGUGGUGUUCUGUCUUGCUCGUAUCUGAGACAGUUCAGUACUGACGGGUCACCAGAACAAAGUGAUGAUGCCAUUUCAGGACUUCUUUCCCGACGCUUCAUGGCCAGCCUGAAGAACAUGGGAUACAGUCAGACGGUGGACACGACAGAGACGCAGUCUAUCGUACAUACUCCUGGCUUUUCACUUGAAUCCUUGGACAGAGACGGUAAUCCCACAAUGCCGAGCUUGAUGCGAUUUGUAACCAUAGCUAGAAUAUUUGCUUCCCACUGUCCCCUGGAUGUGUCUGGAAGGACACUAUUUGACUACGCUGAGCUCACGUCGGACAGACUGGCGUUCGCAGCUUCAUCCGAGUUCGUUACAGAAAGGGAACUUUAUGACAUAUCCGUACCUAAGAACCCCUUAGAUGUUUUGUAUCAACUCGGGUAUGUUGGCAAGUCAUCCUUCAGUUCCGUUGGUUCCAUUAUUGUUCCAUCAACCGGUCAGACCAUCCUCAAAAACAUCAAUCAUCUCGUUGGAAUGGAUAAAACAAGCAGACGACCUAAACCUCUUCCGGAUUGGUGGAGGGAGAAACAUGGCGGAUCCGCCAUCUUGAAAAAUCCAAUGAUAGUUCCAAAAUUAGAGCGGCCAGGUGGCGCUGUGCUGUACAAUGUCAAGGUCGCAUGGGUGCACACUGACAAUCAUAAUCACACCAACUACGCAUACUAUGCGUACUACUGCGUCAACGCAUUGCAUUAUGCCAUAGAGAAAGGUUGCAUGGGAGCUGUUACCAAGGGGGUGGUCAAACGUGGCAUCAAGUCCAUGAGGAACACUUACAUCGGGGAGAGUUUAGAGAACGAUGAGCUGACUAUUUGGGUGUGGGCAUCGGACCAGGAUGACAAAACUGUACAUUUCGAUAUUCAGAAAUUGGGCCAGUCUAUAUUCCAGAGCACGUUUGUUUAUCACGACUGACAGUUUCAGUGGUGUUUUCAUCUCAAAAUGUAAAAUCUCAAAGGACCAGCGCCCACUUGCACAACGCGAUCUUAGCAGCGCUAUGACGAUCGUAAUUCUAACAUAGACAUGGUAGUUGUAGCAUUAAGGUCGCUUUGUACAACUGGGCCCAGGUGUGAUAAAUGUACACUGUGAAUUAAAAAACAUCGGGUCGACAAUGAUGAGCCAUUGAGUUGAAGAAUAUGAGUUUACAAAUUAAAGUAACAAACAUUGUCAUUGCCAGCUCCGCAAAUCCAGACACACCAAAUCCAUGGAUACCACAAAGGUAAAGCGUUUUGGAAUCUCUCCACGUUUUAUAUUUAGGUUAUUACAGAAGAUACUUGACUCGA